AUGUCUAACCCAGGCUCAUCGCAGCCAAUCAUCGUCCUGCGCCAUGCGUCACCCCAGCAACAGCUCUCUCCUUAUUGGUUGGCACAGACUGGUUCGACAAUGUGCCGCCCAAUCACAAUCGUCAGUCCACCUCGGAGCUUGGCGCUGAUUGGACGGCUGGAAUCGACACAACGCACUCCGGACUCGGUGAUUGGCCGCAGUGUCUGGGUGGGCGGGUUUUACCGGUAUAGCCGUGUCUGUCAGGAUGCGGUAAAACGGCCGCUGGUGUCGGUUAUUCUCCGAUAA